AUGAUUAUUCCCAGCUACUCUAAAGCAAACGAGAUAAGAAAACGAUCCAACAUUGCCGGAAGGCUAAACAAAUUGGAAUUGACAUUUAGAAAUGAUAGAGAUAUGUUUUAUAGAAACCUGUUGCAUGAAUUACAGAACAAACUAGCCACUUUACAACAAGGGACAAAUGAAGAUUUUAUGACCAAGAAAAUUGGUUUGGAAGAAGUUCGAGAUUAUGAACUUACAAAACUAAGAUUAUGGGAAGAAUAUCAAGUCAAACGAAUAGAGAGUGAGUACCGUGAGGAUUUGGAUCGGGCAAAGGAACAGCAUGACAAGAUGAUAAAAUUGAUCAAGGAAAAAUUGUACGACAAACUACAACAACAAAUAAAACAUUUGAAAGAAGAUAAAUUUUUGGUAAAUUUGGUGAAUGGAAGAAGUUGGAACAAUCCCGAGGACCCUUCUAGUCAAGCUUUCAAUGCUGUUGCACUUGCAGAAUUAGGUACAAAUGAUAGAAGAUCCCUAAGAAAACGUGAACUAACUGGACGAUUUACUGUGGGUGAAGCAGCCGAAUUGUCUGAUGGAGGAGGUGGUGGCACUGGUGCAGGAUCAGGAGAUAACAUUUCGUCAUAUAACAACGGUGGAUACUCUUCAGCGGGAAAAAGAAGAAGAGUUUAUGCUACACGAUACAGUUCGAAUGAUGAGUUGAGCUCAGGAACAACAAGUGGAAUGGCAAUAAACAAUAACAACAAUCAAAAUGGGCAUCGUACAAAUGGAGGAACCACUAGUGGAUACGAGUCAAAUUUGAGUGAUAAAGAUUAUGAUACAUUGAACACUUUGAUUAUGCAGAAUGAAGAUGGAGGCGUUUCAUUGAGUCUAGUUACCAAGAAUGGCACCACUUCAAACAAGGUGCAAACAAGAAAUAGUCAUAAACAUUUUGUGGGUCCACAAGGAUUGAAACCUGAAGAAUUAAAUGAGGACUUGUCAUUACUAAGGAAUGCUAUUGUCAAAAAAGAUUAA